GGCCGGGGGCUGCAGCCCAGGCUGUGCCGGGGGCGAAGGCGCUGGAGAGGCUGCGGCAGCACCGCUCGGCGCUGGAAGUGUCUGAUUUACCAGAGAGGACCCUUGCCUCAGCUCUUCUGCCGGGACAAAGCCCCAAAAUGCAGCCUGUGCCCCUGCACAGCCUUUCGGAGUUGGAAAGAGCCAGCCUGCAAGAGAUUGCUCUCUACCAGCUGCAGGAGAAGCUGCUUGUUGGAGAUCUCAGCCUGGCGAAAGUUGGACCUAAAGGCAGUAAAUCUAUCCGCCAGAAACUGGAGAGCUUUUCAAAGGAGAAGAAAGACUGCUCCCCUCAGACUUUCGGGAUCCCGCUCUUCCAAGUCAUCGCCAAUGACCGCGCCUACAAGCAACUGCAGGAGGCGGUGAAGAAGAGCCGCCGGCUCUGCCUGGAGGUGGAAGCGACGGUGACGAGAUUUCGGGCUCAGAGGCAGAAGAGGUCCCCGACGGGCAGGGGCUGUGGCCGGGUACCCUGCGGGGUCUUCCCGGAGGAGCCGCUUUCCCCGGCUUUUCUCAGCAACAGCUCCCGGAGCCAGCGAAGGGGGGCAAUGUCCGUGGACUCCAUCACCGACCUGAGCGACAACGCUUCCAAGCUGCUGGAGGCCCUGCAGCUGUCACACCCCCACGAGCUGGACCCACCGAGAAGCCUGGGCAAGAAAAAGACGUUGAGCCUCAACCCCAUCACCCGGCAGGUGCCGCGGAUCGUGGAGAAGUGUUGCGAACACAUCGAAACGCACGGUCUCCAGACGGUGGGCAUCUUCCGGGUUGGGAGCUCCAAAAAGAGGGUCCAGCAGCUGAGGGAAGAGUUUGACCGAGGACUGGAUGUUUUCUUGGAUGAGCGUCAAAGCGUUCAUGAUGUGGCUGCUCUGCUCAAAGAGUUCCUUCGGGACAUGCCGGAUUCACUGAUUCCCAGAGAGCUCUACGCAGCCUUCCUCCGCACCGCCUCCAUGGAGGGGCCGGCGCAGCUGGCCGCCCUCCGGCUGCUGCUCUUCCUGCUGCCCCCCUGCCACAGCGACACGCUGCACCGGCUCCUGCGGUUCCUCGGCGAGGUGGCCCGGCACGCCGAGAGCUCCCGGGGCCCCGACGGCCAGGAGAUUCCUGGGAACAAAAUGACAGUUUCAAACCUGGCCACAGUCUUUGGUCCCAACAUCCUUCAGAAAGAGAAGCCUGGGGAGAAAGACGCUGGUGCCAUGAACUUUGAAGAUAGCAGUGCCAUCAUACUGGUGCUCCAGAGGCUGAUUGAGCACUACCAGACCUUGUUCAUGGUCUCUCCAGAAAUGCAACGUGACGUCCUGAGGAGGCUAUUUCAGACAGACCCCGACGUCAUCGACUACCUUUUGCGCAGGAAGUUCGGGGCCAUGCCGAGCAGAGAGAGUGAGGAUUCAACAGAAGAGCAUGCUCCAUCCCCGCUGCCUGGUCGGACCCACACCCCGGCGAGCAGCUUGGUCUCCUCAGAGUUGUACAGCCGCGUCUCGUUCCUCAACCUGGACGCUGGCAUCUAGCACGCCUGGGCCAGGCCCCCUGCGCUGCCUUCUGCCAGCAAAACCGGGCAACCUUUCCCCAGCAGAAAUCAGUCUUCCGGCCCAAUCUGGAGGAGCGGAGCAGCGAAAGGAGCGCGAACAUCUGCGGGAGCAUCUUUGCUACCAGUAGACGUGCCAGGCGGUUCUGGUGUGGCCAGGCGGAGAGGCGCUUGCAGGUUGCCAGCAGGAGGGUUUUCCACACGUGGGUUCGUUGCUGAUGACCGAGCAAGCUUUGUGCUCGUGCACGCUUGUGCGGGCGGGGACUUGCAGGGUGGCUUCGUGGCACCCCUGCCCACCUCUCCCCUCCGAGCGACCGCCGGCUCCGUGCUCUGGGACAGCAAACUGGGGGGGCGGCGGGUGGGCGCCCCACAGCUCGUGCUGUGCUCAGCGGAUGGGACUCAGAGGUCCAAAACAGAGCCCGUCUGGUGUCCUCCAGGCUCUGGCGGGGGUCUGCCUGCUGGCAGGGAGCGCUGAGCCCCCCCUGCCCGGAGGCAGAGGUGAUGGGCACCAUUAGCAGGGCGGCGAGGGCGGACGGCACAGCUCAGCUCUGUGCGGCUGGUGCUCGGGGAUCCCCUUCACUCCGCGUCCGUGGGCCGUGGGCUUGUGCGGGGGAGGAGGCUCUCGUGGAGGUGAGGCCCCAGCACCAUCAGUGCCGUGGUCGGAACGAAUCACAGCUUGCCUCUUUGUCUGAACCCAGGCUUCAGACCGAUCAUUUCACAGACAGAAAACCCAAAAUGUAUGGCUGGUGUAGUAAGAGGGAACAAUAUACUCGGAGGAUUAUAAACCUCAAUUUUCCUUGAGUUAAUAUUCAGUAAGUAGACCUUCUAAUGUAGUUUACAAAUGACAGUGUCUUUUCAUGAUCUUUGGCUGAGAAACGCCUGGUUUGGUUUAGUCCCACAGCUCAGGCACUGGACGUCACUGCUGGUUAUGUGCAAAUGUACAUUUCUAGCUGGUAUGGCAGAAUGAAUGUUAUGAGCAAAUAUUUUCCAUUGUUUCCUUUCCAUUUACUCUGCUGGAGGUGGCCCGGCAGCCCCUUACCCACUCCCCCCCGUGGGCUGGGUUCUCUGUGGGUGAAGCAGCAGCGUGGGGAGGGAUGCUCUGGGCAGCACAGAGAAAACUCAGCUUCAGGUGGGCUGGUCCAGCACAGGGAGCCAUGGCCAGUAUGAUGGAGGGUAAAAAAAAACAGCAUGUGGAAGGGGAAGUCAGAGAGACAGCAAAAGAGGUGCCUGUGAAUUUUGCAUGCAACAUUUUUUGUCUCACACCUGUUUUCUGAGGUCGUGUAAUUUAUAAUCUCUUGGCUUGAAUGUCAAUUGUCACGUUCACGGUUUAGCCCUCACUUCCAAGGAACUGCAGUUGAAGGGUGCCGAGCAGAGAGCAGGCAGGUAGGAGGCUGGUAAGGGACACGAGGGGAGGAGAACUGGUGCCCAGGGGUGUGCUGGUGUAGAGAACUGGGGCAGGCAGGUAGGGGAGGCUGGAGAGAAGCAGGGUACGAAGAAGACAGGAAUGGGCUAUACCAGGAUAUUUUCAUGCUGGGGGCAGAUGGAUCUGGUGUCACAGCUCCUCUCAUUCGGGCUGCCUGAAAUCAGCAGCAAAUCCAUGACUUCUAUUCUGGAGAGACCAAGACAUGCACACUGACAAUUCCAGAGGUGUUUAUUCUCCAUGAAUCGCGGCAAAGACGUCUGGUUUAUAACUCGGGGCACAGAGGGUUUGGCUUUGCAGUUGCUUCUUUUUGUUGCUCAGUUGGUCUGCUUCCGUCUGACAUUUUUGGGUUGUAUUUAGACAGCGGAGUUUGUCAUGUGUGGCAGAGAUCUCCGUACCAUGAUGGAUUUAAUCGUCCAGUUUCAUGUACGACUGCAACUCCCCCAAACUCAACCUGAGCAGAGAACUGAUUGACAUUUAUCUCUGUAGAAGUUCCCAGCCCAUCGCUGUGAGAUCCUCGUCACAACUGCUGUCCACGGUCGUGCGGGUGUAGUUUCUUUCUUUUUUUUUCUUAUUGUGGUUUAAAACAUUUCUGUUUACACUGGCAUGUUGAGUAGAGGCUGAGGGACUUGGCACCCUUUCCCCUUCCAAACGUGGCUGAAAAAUAAAAGAGGACUUUUGAGAACAAAA